UAUGGCUGAUUUGUCUUGUUCUUUGCAGCUAGUUCCUUGCCAAUAUUAAAUCGUUGUUGACCAGAUUAGUUGACAGUCUUUUUUCUUACGUAUGUAGUUAACUGGUUGUAUAUUUGUAUAUUUGGUAAUCAUGAACGAAGAAACCACGAACAAUAGUAGUGUUGUAAAUGAAACUGCCACCAACGGUGAUCGUGGAGCAGUUCCUGAUCAAAUUCAACUGGAACAAAAAGAAACUCCUAAAGUGAAAGUUAUUGAAAAACAGUCGCAGCGACGUAUUUUUAAAAUAAUUGUAAUCGGUGAUUCGAAUGUUGGGAAAACAUGCCUAACUUACAGAUUUUGUAGUGGCAAGUUUCCAGAUAAAACUGAGGCAACAAUUGGUGUUGACUUCAGAGAAAAAUCUGUGGAUAUUGACAAUGAACAAAUAAAGCUUCAGCUAUGGGAUACUGCUGGUCAGGAACGUUUCCGUAAAAGCAUGGUUCAGCAUUACUAUCGAAAUGUGCACGCUGUAAUUUUCGUUUAUGAUGUAACCAAAAUGAACUCGUUUGAAAACAUGUCUCAAUGGAUAGAGGAAUGCGACCAACACAACCUGAACAAAGAUAUUCCACGGAUUCUAGUUGGCAACAAAUGUGACAUUAAGGAAAAGAUUGCCGUGAACACGAACCUGGCACAGAAGUUUGCCGAUUCUCACAAUAUGCCUCUGUUUGAAACUUCAGCCAAAGAUGACGAAAAAGCCAAUCACGUGGACGCCAUUUUCUUGACAGUGGCGCAUAAACUAAAGAAUUCUAAGCCGAUGAUGCCAGUGUAUUUAACCCGCCAUACUCAUGUGUCGGCAGAAGGCACUAAUUCUCAGGUCAUCAAUAUAAGAGGAAGCCCUCAACACCGAGGGCUCCAGUCCGCCACGCAGCCCUCUGGUGCAGAGAAAACCGAGAGUUGUGCUUGCUGAAUCUCAGUCUGAAUUCAGAACAUUAAAAUUGGCUGUUGCAAGACAAAAGUAUAACUGGAUGUAUGUGUAAAUAUUUGUAUUUUAUGAGUUAUUUUUAAGUUAUUGUUGUUAUUUUAAUGUUUUGCUUUCAGUUUCAUUUCAUUUUGUAGGGUUGGAGUUGAUCCAUAUGUUGUUGUUUUUUUGUUAUAUACAUACUGUAACAAAAUGAACCAACCUAGGAUUGCUUUUUUAAGAAAUAUGUUUGUUAAUAUUAAUGUUAUUAUACAGAAUUGACAGCAUUUCCUGUCUGCAAAUUUUUAAAGUAACCAUUUGAUCAUGUUGGUCACGUUAAAAGUGGCUACAGUACUAGUACGUGUGUAUUUAUAAUUUGACAUGGUGAAUCGUAGGGAUCAAAAAUAUUUAUCUAAAACAAUAUUCAGUUUACAAGUAGUCACUAACAUUUGGUUGUUUAUAUUAUAACAUUGUAAUAUUAAUACUUAUAUGUAUAUACAGUAAAUAGGUUUGGUUGUUUUAUUUAAAUGCUGCAUACUUAGCACAUGUGUACACAUAUACUGCUAUGCUGAAUUGGGAGAUAUGUUUUAUAGAUUAUUUUACUAAGUAGACUACAUGUCCAUUUUGGUAUCUGAACAUUUAAUGUGUUGAAUUUCUUUAAUUAUUUUGCUUCUGUUAUUAAAUAUUUAUAAAAUAGAAUGGAUUUAUGGAAUAUAAGCGUCUUACUUAACUUAGAACUUCUUAUAAUUAAGUGUAUCUUUCUGAUUUAGUUAAUCAUUGCUCCUGCAAUAACUUGAAUAAUUGCCUUAGGAAAAUUGCAUGUUCAGAGAAAGCAGUUUGCUUCAGCAUUUGUAUUUUCAAUAUCUUUACUUGUAUCUCUUCAUUGAAGUUGUGUCAGCAAAAAAUAGUUGAGGAUCAAGCUUUUACAUUGUAUUGCUGAAUCACAAACGCUUAAGAUGUCACUGGUCAAAUUAUGUUUAUACUGGAAAUAGUACUAGGAAUUGGUAUUGCUACUUGUUUUUGUGUUACAAUGUAUUGUGAUAUGUGAAUGUGUAAUUACGAUACAUAUUAUUGAAUGUGUGAAAAUCAAUGGUUGUAUUAAAGAUGUGUUUAUUUAAUAAGCUAUACUUUUUGUUGAUUGUUGUAUUGUUAUAUUGGAAAUGUUCAGAAUGCGUGCAAAGCAGACACCGGCAAAUUGAUCUGAUAACAUUGUACUAGACAGUCUAAUAAAUACAUCAAGAUCAACUUGUUAACAUAAGUUUGCACAUGAAAUUUCAAAAGUAUUUUUUGUGAAAAAAUCAUAUUCAGUUAAUGUGUUGAAAAAACCUCAAGUGAUUUCAUUUGAAUCAGCAGCAUCUCCAAAGUAAAUGCCUCCAGUCACAAGUUCUCAAAAUUAGCUGUGAAUAUCUUUUGAUUAACAAGACUGUCUUAAAGUUGCUGCCUUUGUAACAAGUUUUGAGUUGUCGAUGAGUUUUACAAAAAUGCUCAAGUGUACAGUAUACAUCAUUUCUCAAAAGUUUACCAUGAUACAUCAUAUAAAAAAAAAAAAUGUCUGCAAAAAUUAAACACAAUUGAACUUAUAGUCUAUAAUUCAUUUGUCUUUCCAAAAAUAACGUCAAGAGUUGGCAUGUUUUCCAAACAAAAGCUUGUAUCUGUAUGACUUCUGAUAUUGGUUAGUAUUAACAUACAUGUCACUGUAUAUGAUACAGAUUUGUUGCCAUGUAUAGAAGCAGCAGCAAGGGAUCUUUUUGAAACAGUUUCUUUUAGACUGGAUGGUACAUGCCAUGGUCAUUCCCAGUCAGUGCAAUGGUAUGUACAAUCUUAUUUGUUGGAUGGUGCAUAUAAAAGAUACCUUCCUGCUAAUGAAAGAUGGUGUAGUGGCAGUGGUUUUUCUCUCUUAUAAGUGUGGAUCUUAACUAAUGUCCAGUGUCCUAUAACUGUAGUUAAAAUGUGUUGAUUGUGUCAUUAAAUAAAACAUUUCUUCCUGGUUAAAUAAAAACCAAUGAUUUACUCGUUAAGUAUUUUUUAUUAUGUCACUGGGAAUCAGUUUGCAGUCUAUUGAAAAUUAAAAAUUAUGUUGGCAGAAUAUUAAAAAUACAUAAUGUUUUUUUCAACAAAUCAUUUUGAUUGUCAGUUGUUUUGGCUUGUAUAAAAGAAUAAUGUAGGACAAUUGAAUAACCUGGGUUUUUUUCACUGGAAGCCAACUUUCAUGUAUUGUGUACAUAUUCAUCAAGUGAUUGUGUUUUUUACAGGAAGUGGGUCACAUUACACAUGUUGUGCCAUGUUAGCAAAGUAGUUGUACUGGUAUGGUGUUAUUUGAUCCAUUUGCCUUUGUCUGUAUUGUUAACUGAGAAUAUUUCUUAAUCUCUUGUUUAAAAAACAAUAGUCCGGCACUCUGGGUAUUUCAACUUUUCACUGUCUAAUAUAUAAUAUGCCCACCAUCUUAUCGUUGCAAUUUAAAAUUUGAGUGUUACAUUAAUUAAUCAGGUAGUAAAUUCUAAAGCAGAGAAAGGUGUAAAUGAGAAAUUUUAGAUCCCAUUUAUUUAUUUUGGGUGGUUGUGGGGGUAUUUGUCUUCUUGACCUGCUAAUGUUUUCUUUGCAUCUAACUGGGCUUGAUAAAAUAUAUUGUUAGAAUUAUUAAUCUGGCCCUAGACGAUGGGAAAGUAUGAAAUAUGAAGAGAGUUUUCUUUGUACAUGUGCUACUGGUAUUUAGGUUUCCUAUUUGUAUUUCACAAUUUACACAUUUUGAUAAUUGUUUGUACAGCAACUUGCCACUAGAGAGACAUUUAUUUCAAUAGCUGAGCUAUUGGUUUUUUGUCUGCUGUUUGUUGUGUCUUAUUCUUUUGGAUGAAUAAAUAGAUCAGCGUGUUUCAAUUAAUAAUUACCACUAAGCAGCUUUUCUAUUGCAUUUUUAUGCAUUAAACACCAGUGAACUUGCUAAAGUAAAGUUACAUUUUAAUUUGUAAUUUUUGUCUUUAUAAUAAUUUUUAUUUCAGAAUUUUGGGUGUGUACAUAUUGAAGUAUUAAUGAUGAUGUGCAAUAUGUGUAUUUCUUGUGUAUAUAUGUUGCUUAAGGCCAAGAUGCUUAUGUAAUGAGGUGUAUUAAAAUAUUGUACAUGUAUAUUGAUCAUUCACAGAAUAAAUUGUUAGGGUUUCACUUUUGGAAGGUGAGAUCCAACUUUUUUUUU